AUGCCUAAAUCUUGCGUUGAUUGUAAGUGCUCGGCAGAGGCAAUUGAGGUUUUUCAAGAUGAAGAUGAAACCGAUGCUCUCUUGGCUAAUAUUGAUCUCAACUCGGGAACUCUUUCAGAAUCUUGUGAUUCAUCUAUUCCCGACCCUUUGUCCCAGCCGGCAAAUUUAUCUACCUUCGCUCCUGCCUAUCCGAUUUCACUUUCCAACGAUUGUUUCGAUGGUCCGAUUUUGCCGAGAUCUCUAGACAAGCCAAAUUUCGGUCCCCCUCUUCCUCCCCCUUUAUUUAAUUCUCCUGCUGGAAAUUCUUCACCUACCGACAAACUGCCUGAUACUCCUGAUUUCAUCCGACAUUUCCCCUACGCCCGGCCCUACCCUCAGCAGAUAGCUUUGAUGUCGGCUAUAUACAAUACCUUGGAGGCAAAACAGUCGGGUCUUUUUGAGAGCCCUACGGGAACCGGGAAGACGGCAUGUCUUCUCACAGCUUGCCUGACUUGGCUGCUCGAUCACAAUAGACGUCAGGCUAUUCAAUUGGCCCAACUUGAAGCUCAACUACAUGAGUUCUCAUCCAUAAGUAACCCGCUCUCUUCUGCUGCUAUCACUCCCAAAACCACCCGUGAAAAUGCCCCUACUGAUCCCCUUCGUUUUAUGGAGGCUUCUGCCAUUUACAGCCAGAACAAAAAUGUUGCUCACCACACUAAGAACCAGAAAGCCUUAACUAGCACUUCUCAGGACAUAGACAUUGCUACUAAACCCGGAGGCCUCUAUGGCACUUCAGGCGAUAAGAAGUGUAGAAAAGAUAAAAUUAUAAUAGACAAAUUUUAUACCUCGGCCCCCUAUAUUUGUGUUACUGCCCCUAAUCUUGUCAACAACGUCUUCACUACAUCCACGACUAAUUGUAGCACAUUAAAUGAUGGUUAUCACACCAACACCAACUCCACACCUUUUAUCAGCAAAGAUUCAAUUACCGAGGGAAAAAAUGGUGAUAGUUUGUUCGGAUCUCGAGAUGUCCGCGCAUCAACUGACGAUGAUUGGAUUUCAGCUUUUGAAAGCUUACGUCAACGCAAAAUGCAACUUAAGCCUUUAAUCGAGGCAAUGACAUUUAGGAAGACUGCACUCGGCGAGGCUACCGCAGUGAAGGUGGCGGGGACUACCGAACUGGAAUUGGCGGCAGUAAGACGACUGCUGACCGCGGCUGCUUCUGCCGCGACUACCUCUACCAUUACAGAGGCCACUUCUGGCGAUCCUUUAUCAGGCCGAAAUGUACAAUUGACCAAACUACAUGAGCCAGCCCGAAUAGCUGAGUUGGAGGCAGCUUUUAAUCAACUCUUUAGUGUGUACGACGAAACAGCCUUACGCAUCCUUCCGAUAAUUCCCACUCCUCGAGCCGAUGUAGCCAGACUGGACCAGUCUUGCACCGGCGUAGGAAAGGAGGAAGACUUUCUUCUCGCCGGAAGCAAUGAAGGAGAUAUCUUACCUCGAUGUUACGAAGAGGAGUUGGAAAAGGAAAAUGCUGCUGCUGAAAGGAGGCUUUUAUCAUAUGCUUUUGGCCUGGACAAAAAAGGAAUUAUAUCUCGCAGUGUGCGAGAUGAUUCUGCCUUAGGUCGCGAGUCAGACACUCUGCCAUGGGUCUCUUCGCAGAUCAUCUAUUGUUCUCGUCUUUCUGGUCUAUGGCCCAUAAAAUUAGCAACAUGUCAUAUCCACUAA